ACCACUCAGACACCUGAGCCGAUGAUGCAAUCGUGCAUAAAAAGUGCAUUAGCCUGCUUGAAGUUUAUCCGGUACCUGACGGCGUAGAUUUUGUGCAAGAGCCUUGAAUGUGAGCGUUUGCGAAAAUGGUGCUCGAAGCAAUACGAUACAAGCCAGGCAGCUUGCAGAUCCUGAACCAGUUGAAGCUGCCCCAUCAAGAAGAGUACGACGAGGUCAAAAACUCAACAGAUGGCUGGCAUGCUAUUAAGGAGAUGCGCACCCGCGGCGCACCGGCUAUUGCGAUAGUUGCCGCGCUGUCACUUGCGGUUGAGCUACAGACGGGCGCCGUCUCCGACCAAGCAGAGGAAGUCAGCGCGUUCAUCAUUGAGAAGCUCGAUUACCUCGUAACGAGUCGACCGACUGCGGUCAAUCUUGCCGACGCUGCAAGAAAGCUGAAGAAGAUCGUUGAGUCCGCCGCCAAGCAUGCCAGCAGCACUGGCGAUGCCGUGAAGAAAGCAUACUGUGAUGCUGCAGCUCAGAUGCUGAUCAGCGACGUUGCCGACAAUCAAGGAAUUGGCAAGUAUGGUGCUGCGUGGAUCGAACAGCAGGCUGGAGGCGGCCAAGUCAGCGUGCUUACGCACUGCAACACCGGCUCUCUAGCCACGGCCGGUUACGGCACGGCGCUCGGUGUGAUCCGCUCAUUGCAUGCAAAUGGCAGCCUCAAGCGUGCCUUCUGCACAGAAACUCGUCCAUACAACCAAGGCUCCCGGCUAACGGCGUUCGAGCUCGUCCAUGACAACAUACCAGCCACCUUGGUUACUGACUCCAUGGCGUCCGCCCUCCUGCGACUAAGAGGGCCAACUGAGCGCAUUGCGGCCAUUGUUGUCGGCGCUGAUCGUGUUGCCGCAAACGGCGAUACAGCCAACAAAAUCGGAACAUACCAACUCGCCAUCACCGCCAAGCACCAUGGUGUCAAGUUCCUCGUUGCAGCUCCGAGAACGACCAUCGACCUUCACACGAAGUCGGGCGCUGACAUCACCAUUGAGGAGCGGCCAGGCAAGGAGAUGACUUUCAUUAAAGGGCCAAGAUACGACGGCGUCGAUCUGGAUUUGUCGCAGGUGGAGACCGUCAGCAUUGCGGCGAAAGGUAUCGACGUGUGGAAUCCGGCCUUCGACGUGACGCCGGCCGAGCUCAUAGAUGGCAUAAUUACCGAGCUUGGCGUGGUAGAGAAGAGCGCAGAAGGUGUAUUCGACCUUAGUUUGGCAAUGGAAGCGCACAACGAGACCGUGAAGCCGACCAGUGUUGGCGGUUUAUAACGGAUUUAUAUCGUUUCCAAGGUUCGGUCAUUUUGCGCGUUGGAAAGCAGCCUCGGACUAUCAAAUCCAAGUGCACGAUGUCGCGUUGGUUCAUUGUUCGAUUGUUCAGUCAAGGCCGCCCUGCGGCAGUGGAGCCGCCACCAACUGCUCGCUGUGCUUUCAUCCUUUCCACCUCUUCCUGAUCCUUCUCUGCCUGCGCCAACAGCGCCUCAAUCUUUGCCUCCAUUGAGCUUAAUUGACUUUCAAGCGCUGUGGCUGUACGUUCGCCCUUUGCUAGUUCCUGGAAUGCCUAUAAGCUGUUAGACAAGCGUGUGGCGAGAAGCGCGGUUUUAC